GGCGACGUGUCCCCCAGUCCGUACAGCAGCAGCAGCUGGCGGCGCUCGCGCAGCCCCUACAGCCCAGUGCUCAGACGGUCUGCCAAAUCUCGAAGCAGAAGCCCAUAUUCAUCUAGGCACUCAAGAUCUCGUAGCAGACACAGAUUGUCUAGAUCCAGAAGUCGUCACUCAAGCAUUUCUCCUAGCACACUAACUCUCAAGAGUAGCUUGGCUGCUGAAUUGAACAAAAAUAAAAAGGCACGAGCUGCAGAGGCAGCAAGAGCUGCAGAGGCAGCAAAAGCUGCAGAGGCAGCUGCCAAAGCUGCAAAAGCCUCAAAUGCAUCUACCCCUACCAAGGGCAACACAGAAACUGGUGCCAGUGCUUCGCAAACAAACCAUGUGAAGGAUGUGAAGAAACUUAAAACUGAGCAUGCACCUUCUCCUUCAAGUGGUGGAACCUUGAAAAGUGAGAAAGCAAAGACAAAGCCACCCCUUCAAGUAACAAAGGUAGACAAUAACUUGAUUGUAGAUAAAGUCACCAAGAAAACAGUUGUUGGGAAGGAAAGUAAAGCUGCUGCUACAAAGGAAGAACCAGUAUCUACUAAAGAGAAAACUAAGCCACUUACACCAAGCGUUGGAGCCAAGGAGAAGGAGCAACAUGGGCCUUUAAUGACCUCUACAUUACCACCAUUACCUUUGCCUCCCAUGCUGCCUGAAGAGAAAGAUGCUGAUAGCUUAAGAGGCAAUAUUUCUGUAAAAGCAGUUAAAAAAGAAGUAGAAAAGAAACUCCGAUGUCUGCUUGCUGAUUUGCCGUUGCCCCCCGAGUUACCAGGAGGAGAUGAUCUUGCUAAGAGUCCAGAGGAGAAGAAAACAGCAGCACAGUUACACAGCAAAAGAAGGCCUAAAAUAUGUGGGCCUCGCUAUGGUGAAAUCAAAGAAAAAGAUAUUGACUGGGGAAAACGCUGCGUGGAUAAAUUUGAUAUCAUCGGUAUUAUUGGAGAAGGUACUUAUGGACAAGUUUACAAAGCCAGGGACAAAGACACUGGAGAAAUGGUAGCCCUAAAAAAAGUACGUCUGGAUAAUGAAAAGGAGGGCUUCCCAAUUACAGCAAUUAGAGAAAUUAAAAUUCUUCGGCAACUCACCCACCAGAGUAUCAUCAAUAUGAAGGAAAUAGUGACUGAUAAAGAAGAUGCUUUAGAUUUUAAGAAGGACAAAGGUGCAUUUUACCUGGUGUUUGAAUAUAUGGACCAUGAUCUAAUGGGACUACUGGAAUCAGGCUUGGUUCAUUUUAAUGAAAACCAUAUAAAAUCUUUUAUGAGACAGCUCAUGGAAGGUCUGGAUUAUUGUCAUAAGAAGAACUUUUUGCAUAGAGAUAUUAAAUGUUCCAAUAUCCUUCUAAAUAAUAGAGGACAGAUAAAACUUGCAGAUUUUGGACUUGCUCGUUUAUAUAGCUCAGAAGAAAGUCGCCCAUAUACUAACAAGGUCAUUACUUUGUGGUACCGUCCACCUGAAUUGCUCUUGGGAGAAGAACGAUAUACACCAGCUAUUGAUGUAUGGAGCUGUGGAUGUAUCCUUGGUGAACUCUUCACUAAAAAGCCUAUAUUUCAAGCAAAUCAGGAACUUGCACAGCUAGAGCUAAUAAGCCGUAUAUGUGGGAGUCCUUGUCCUGCAGUGUGGCCUGAUGUAAUCAAACUGCCAUAUUUCAACACCAUGAAACCAAAGAAGCAAUAUCGUCGAAAGUUAAGAGAAGAAUUUGUUUUUAUCCCUGCAGCUGCGCUCGACUUAUUUGAUUACAUGCUUGCCUUGGAUCCCAGUAAGCGGUGCACUGCUGAGCAGGCUCUUCAGUGUGAGUUCCUACGAGAUGUAGAACCCUCCAAAAUGCCUCCACCAGAUCUUCCUUUGUGGCAAGAUUGUCAUGAAUUAUGGAGUAAAAAGCGAAGAAGGCAGAAGCAGAUGGGCAUGACUGAUGAUCUUUCCACAAUCAAAGCUCCCAGAAAGGACCUGUCUCUAGGCUUAGAUGACAGCAGAACUAAUACACCCCAGGGUGUGCUGCCACCCGCACAAUUGAAAUCUCAAAGCAACUCAAGUCUAGCACCUGUAAUAACAGGCCCUGGACAGCCGUUAAACCACAGUGAAUUGGCAAUUCUUCUAAACCUACUACAAUCUAAAUCAAGUGUUAAUAUGGCUGAUUUUGUUCAAGUGUUGAACAUUAAGGUAAACUCUGAGACUCAACAGCAGCUAAAUAAAAUAAACCUUCCUGCUGGAAUUUUGGCAACAGGUGAAAAACAGACAGAUCCAUCAACACCACAACAGGAGUCUUCAAAAUCAUUGGGAGGAAUUCAGCCUUCACAGACCAUCCAGCCUAAAGUGGAAGCUGAUGCCGCCCAGGCUGCUGUGCAGAGUGCAUUUGCAGUUCUCUUGACUCAGUUAAUAAAGGCUCAACAGUCAAAACAGAAAGAUGUCAUGUUAGAAGAGAGAGAAAAUGGAUCGGGACAUGAAGCUCCUUUGCAACUCAGGCCACCUCCAGAACCUAGCACUCCGGGAUCUGGGCAAGAUGACCUCAUCCAGCACCAGGACAGGAGGAUUUUGGAGCUGACACCAGAACCAGACCGGCCUCGGAUUCUGCCUCCUGAUCAACGACCUCCUGAACCUCCUGAACCACCACCAGUCACUGAUGAGGACCUGGAUUAUCGGACAGAAAACCAGCAUGUACCCACCACUAGUUCUUCACUAACUGACCCUCAUGCUGGAGUGAAGGCAGCCCUCUUACAGCUGCUUGCUCAGCAUCAGCCCCAGGAUGAUCCCAAAAGAGAAGGUGGUAUUGAUUAUCCCACAGGAGACACAUAUGUUCCCACUUCAGACUAUAAGGACAACUUUGGAUCUUCUUUCUCUGCCGCUCCGUAUGUUAGCAGUGAUGGUCUAGGAAGUAGCUCUGCUGCUGCUCCGUUGGAACCACGUAGUUUCAUUGGAAACUCAGAUAUUCAGUCUUUGGAGAACUACAGUACUGCUUCAUCUCACAGUGGUGGUCCACCUCAAGCUUCUGCCUUUUCCGAGUCAUUUCCCAGUUCAGUAGCUGGGUAUGGAGACAUUUACCUCAAUGCUGGUCCCAUGUUGUUUAGUGGAGACAAGGACCAUAGAUUUGAAUAUAGCCAUGGUCCUAUCGCAGUCCUCACAAACAGCAACGACCCUUCUACAGGGCCAGAGAGUACUCACCCCUUGCCAGCAAAGAUGCACAACUAUAACUAUGGUGGUAAUUUACAGGAAAAUCCAGGCGGCCCUAGCCUCAUGCAUGGGCAGACCUGGACUUCUCCUGCCCAAGGACCUGGAUACUCACAAGGAUACAGAGGACACAUUAGCACAUCAGCUGGCAGAGGUCGAGGUAGAGGGUUACCAUACUGAGUAUCUGUUUUUCCUCAGGCACAUCAUUUUUAUCUGGAAAGACUUUUCUAGCUGCAAUUUCAGGCAGCAAUCCAAGAGACUUGAAUAAUAUUAAUUCAACAACAGCUUUAUUUUUAUGUGGAAAAGGGUCUUGCAUACAAUAGUGAAAAACAAAAAAACAAACAAAAAAUACCUUUGCUUAAAUUCAUGCUGUUCUUAAAACUAGCUCUAUUGAUUGUACAUCGUCACAGAUUUUAGUUAACAGUUUUAUUUUGUAUUAUUGCAGUUUUAAGUGGAUGCUAACAUUAGGGACAUAAUGUUUUUGUGGCCCUGUUGCAGAUCUUCUGAACUAUGCACACUUGUGCUUUUUUUUUGUAAGUUUGGACCAACUUUUAUGUAACAACCAACCCCUUCCCUCACCCUUCCAGUUUUACAACAAUCAGAAAGGGCACUGAUUUAUUUGGUAUUUUCUUUUUACAAAGCUACCUUUAGUCAAAGGUCACUGUCAGUCUUUGCACCUGCUUUCAGUGUUAUUGUGAAAGGUGUACUUUGUGCUCAUUUCAGAAAAUAAAACACAACCUUUCUCUUGAUGCAACAGUUUUAUAUAAAAAAAAAAUGGUCAACAUUAUUUUUGUUUUGUUUUUCAGGUUACCAUAACCCAGCAAAAUUCAUUCAAAUGAAAUAGUGGUUUUUAUAUGAAAACUAUGGGUUGGGUGGGAGGGGUUGAGUAAGUGCCUUAACUGGUAAGCUUAAGGACUGAGGAUGAAGUUAGCCGGUACACCCACUUGUCUUUAAAGGGAGUCUGCAUUGUGUUGAAGAGGCAGGAAGCUCUCAGUUUUUAGGAGUCACCUGGCCAGUUCUGUUAGGUCCAUUCCCUCUGCCUGUCAUACUGUCCUUUUCUGCCUGUCUUUUGGCUGUGUUAACUUUUACUGUUACCUUCUCUUGGUAGGGGUGUAAGAGAAAAGAAAGGGAGAACUCAGUACCUUUUGUUACUUCUGGGAAGUACUAAUUUUUUUUUUUUUAAUCACUUAAGUGGUUGAAAAUAAUAGCUGAAUGAGAAUUUUAGAGUGCUGUUUUCUUUCUGGCUGCCAUACUGACCCAGUUUCUACUUGGAGGACAGAAUUUUUGAAGCAAGUAUGUAAUAACAAUUAAUGUAAUAAAUGUAAAAUUCACAGAAGGAGGGUGGCAAACAUGGUAUUUUAAGUUAUGUAAUUAUUUUUAAAAGUCAACUUAAGUAGAAACAUAUCCUAGAUUUAAUUUAGUAAAACAAAAAGAAAAUUCAGGAAAAAAAAAAAAAAACCUUCCCUCUUCCUUUCAAUUUUGUGAAAUUUACUGUAACUUUUGCCAGAUUAGAGCAGUGCUACUACUAGGUUGUUUUAAUAUCUUUUUUCUUCUAUUAAAAUCAACCAAGAAAGAAUAACUGUAAUGUUGUCAAGUCUCACUGUGUUUUACAUUCACACACAUACACAAAAUUAUAUUUCUAGAAAGGAACCAAAGGUAAAUAACCAGCAUCUCCCUCAUCACUAACAGACUUAGAAACUCUGGGAAAUUGAGUGUGCCAAUUGACAAUUUUAACUGUUCUAGUACAUUUUUAAUUGAAAUCUUAAAUAGGAAAAAUAGUUAUGAAAGGCCAGUUUAACCUUGUGCCCUUUAUCUGAUUUGUUACCCUGCAUUUAAAAACAUGAUUCAGGAAACAGGAUAUUUUAAAGAAGGUAAUUUUCACUUUAUGCCUAUAAAAUGAAUUUUCAGUUGACCAUUUUAUUUUUUGGUGGUAUUAUUUUUGUUGGUGUAACAAAAUUAAUGGAAGAAAAAGUAUUUUCCUUUCAUUUGAAUAUUGAGUACUAACAAAUUAGUAAAACAUUAGAGGAAGUGAAAUGUUUUGAAGUUUAGCAAAAUAGAGUAUUCAAGUCUCUGAAAUUUUAAUAUGGUGAGUCUUAGACCUUCAGACUUUACUAUAAGUGACAGUAUCUAAAUUAUUCUUUUUUGUCACACAUGAUAAUACUUCUGCUGGCCAUAAGCAGCUAACCUAAAAUUGGAACUAUUUAUGUGACAUGAAUAGCCUGUGUUUUAAAAAUUAAAUAUUUUAUAUAAAAUUGA